GGUGACAGGAAGUGUCGUGUCGGUCCCUCCUUCCCUUCUAUCCUGGAGCGUGAGGACGUCAGUAAAGUGAAAGAGAGAAGUGUGCACGAGUAGCGGUGUGAGGAGAAGGAGGAAGUAACAUGUUGCGAGAGCUGGAGGCUUGUCCCCGGCACUUGUUUGUGUGUGAGAAGUCCAGUUUUCUGCAAGAGAAGAGCCGCCACUCGGCGCUGGUCGAGUCGCAUUAUUACAACUGCAGUGUGUCCCUUUUAUUGCCGGAGUGCGCUAGUUUACCAGAACACAUUAAAAGGACUAUUGACAACUUUGGGAGAUAUUAUCUUGUCCGGAAUCUGUCACUUCAUGAAUUUGUGAAAGAAGACUUUAUAAACACGUUUGUAAAGAAAGGGGCAUUCUAUGCACUUACAUAUAGAACGAGGAUUGACCAAGAUAAUAGUGCAGCAGUGUUGCCAACAGGAAAACUAAUUUUAUCUGUAGACAAGGACACCUAUGAGGAACUGGGUCUUCAAGGCAAACCAUCCCUUUAUUCUGUUAUUCAAGUUGACCUAACUGAAGAAGGUCUAGCUUCUGGUGGCAAAAAAUUCCAGCGUGUAAACUGGGCAUUUACUGAAAAGAAACCUUUAAAAUUUGACUUUCUCCUAGCUUGGGAUAACACAGAAGCUCCUUUCAUAUUGUCAUACUUUUCUAACUACGAUGUGAAAGAGUGUAACUUUAAAAUAACUUCAAGGAUUUCAAGAGAUUUGCCUUGCCCCGUGUUGAAGAGUGGGGACCUGCAAGGGAAACCUGAAGAAUCGUGUAGUUCUGAAGAGCUUUUUGACUGGCUCGGUGCUGUGAGCAAUAGCAUUGACUGUGAUAAUGAUUCAUCCAAUUUCAUAUCAACCUUUUGUUGUCCACAUCCGAAUAACACAAUAGAACGUGCGCAUCUGUGUACAAUAAAUGGAUUUGUAAUACCAGAGAAUAUCCAAAGGCUACUCGAUCAGUUACGUGAGUAUUUUGCUGAACCUAAAUUAACCCAAUGGGUGUCCCUUAUCGUGCAUGGUUUUGCGGACAGCCCUGUGUCGUGGAAAGAGUAUGAACAUGGAUUCUUUAAAGGUGGGGAAAACCUUUACAGCUUUGUUGUCUUUAACAACCAGGACUACUGGCUGCAGAUGGCUGUUGGAACACAUGAUGGGUGCCCUCCAUAAUUCUGAAUAAUAUAAAGCAAUUUUAACUCGUUGAACUUAUUGUGUAAGCUUCUUGCAGUAAAAAAAUCUGCUGUACUGUUUAAUAUUUAUUUUCAAUAGUACUUAUUUUUACAUUAAAAAAAAUCAUACAUUUGAUUGACUUCUAUAACAGACUGCUAUAAUACAAUAAAUAGCAACAGUGUCA